CAGACAACAUUCAAAUGAACCUUUUGUCGUGAAUGUUGACAAACUCUCUCACUUAACCUCCCUGUGUCUGCUUGUAUUCUUGAAACUUUUUGAAACUUUUGGAGCUUUUGGAGUCUGUGGAACUUCUAGACGUCACAAGUUAAUUCAACUUGGAGAAGAAAUCUGCGGUUUAUCUGCGCGAGCUCGCUAGCUCACCGGUUAGCCGCUCAGCUAACAGCUGAGAGCUGAAACCUGGCGUCCAGAGUGUAGUUCUACAACAGAAACCCGGAGACAGGAGACCCGAAACCCGGAGACAGGAGACCCGAAACCCGGCGACCAGAGCCUCAGUGUCGGACCCGGUAAACAACGAGCCGCUGAUAACACCUCUGUGACUUGUGGUGGCACACCUUACGAUCGGAUGUCAAACAGAAUGUGCUCAUCAAAGAGUUUGGUCGGGAGACGGCAUAAAGUGUGGCAACAAUGACGGCGUCAGGAGACUGCCGGAGCAACAUCGUGAAAGUGACGGCUACUAAUGACAGUGUAAUCAACCGUAGGAAACGUUUCCUCCUGGCCACACCCCUUCCAGCUGAGUGCACCAGCUGAGGGUGAUCUGCUAAUCACCUGGUCGUGGAGUCACAGUGGGAGCCGCAGUGGGAGAGCAAACAGUUGCAAAGUGACUGAGAGCUGGCAACGACUGAGGAUCCAAAACCCACAAUGUGCAAAAUAAUGCUUGUUCAAACAAGGAAAAUACAGCCGGUACAUGCGGCUCCAGGGCUGCAGGAACCAGAUCCAGACCUGAUGCUAUAAUAAUAACAACAACAACCCAGCCACUGGGGGGCACAUGCAGUGUUCGCCUAGAGCCGCUCCCAAAGUUCCACAGCCUCCGCGAACACACACGCGCGCAAGAAUGUCCUUCUUCAAGACACCAGAGUGAGUGCGCGCGUCCUCUGUGGACUGUGUGGAGGAGGAGGAAGUCAGUCACGCAUUUUCUCGGCCAGUCUCAUGUUGUGCGGUACCGUGGGAAGCUACAGGCAGAGGUUGAUGCGCACCUCCUGGAGUCGCUCUCAUCUCCGACAGGUGCGCGGCUGUGCGCAAAGGGAACCCGCGGCUGCGGCGCAAAGAGAGUACAUUUCCCGUGCCAGACGGGCGACCUGGGUCCGCGUCCGGCUCCCUGGACUCAACGCCGAUUUCGUCUAACAUGAGGACUCGGGACAACAGAGAGCCCUAAACAUGAGGAGGAGCAGACACCGCGCAAACAUGGGACUUCCUGUGCUUUUCACAUGGCUCGUAUUCACAGCGGUGGUGCCCACCUGGCUGCUCGCCGCGCCGCCAAGCGGCAUCCGCGAGCGCCCCUGUCCCCAGAGCUGCAGAUGUGACGGGAAGAUAAUCUACUGCGAGUCCAACGCCUUCCGCGACGUGCCGAGCAACGUGUCUGUGAGCACGCAGGGCCUCUCCCUGCGUUACAACAGCCUGGCGAACCUGCGAAGCCACCAGUUUGCGGGGCUGGGUCAACUCGUUUGGCUCUACCUCGACCAUAAUUACAUCAAUGCCGUGGACGGACAGGCGUUCCAUGGGAUACGGAGGCUCAAAGAAUUAAUUCUGAGCUCCAAUAAGAUCACAAAGCUGGAAAACAAUACUUUCCAUGACAUUCCUAAUUUGCGCAACCUUGACCUGUCCUACAAUAAACUGCAGGUCCUCCAGCCGUAUCAGUUCCUCGGUCUACGGAAACUGCUCAGUUUACACUUGAGGUCAAACUCCUUAAAAACCAUUCCGAUGCGAGUUUUCCUCGACUGUCGUAACCUGGAGUUUCUGGACAUCGGCUACAACAGGCUACGGAGCCUCACGCGCAACGCUUUUGCUGGCCUUCUCAAGCUCAUCGAGCUUCAUUUGGAGCACAACCAGUUCUCGAAGAUUAACUUUGCUCAUUUCCCCCGCCUGACGAACCUGAGGGCGCUCUAUUUACAGUGGAACCGUAUCAAAGUGAUGACCCAGGGCCUGCCGUGGAUGUGGACUUCCUUGCAAAAGCUGGAUCUAUCGGGGAAUGACCUCCAAGUGCUGGACCCAAGUACAUUUCAAUGCCUCCCAAAUCUCCAGACACUUAAUCUGGACUCGAACAAACUCAGCAAUGUGUCUCAGCAGACGGCGGAGGCUUGGAUCUCCCUCACCACCAUCAGUCUGGCUGGUAAUUUGUGGUACUGUAACCCCAACAUAUGUCCUCUGGUGGCUUGGCUUAAGGCCUUCAAGGGUAACAAGGAGUCGACUAUGAUUUGUGCCGGCCCUAAGGAGGCGCAGGGAGAGAAAGUGACUGAUGUCGUGGAGUCGUAUAACAUCUGUACUGCAACACCGUCGCCUGUCUCCUCCACAAAAUCACCCCUGACGACUACUUUCCAGCCCGAGCUGCUGCCUCUCCCCACAAAGCCUGUGGUGGAUAUGGAUACGAAGCUGAUCUGGAACAGGACAGUCUCCCCAACUCCGACCUCUGUGGUCGCACCCACCGUCCCCUUGCCGGACACGGAGUACGUGUCCUUCCAUAAGAUCAUAGCUGGUAGCGUGGCCCUCCUCUUAUCCGUGGCCAUUAUUCUCCUGGUCAUCUACGUCUCAUGGAAGCGCUAUCCCAGCAGCAUCAAGCAGCUCCAGCAGCGCUCGGCUGUUAAAAAGCGCCAGAAAAAGUCACGGGAGACUGAGCGCUCCCUUAAUUCGCCACUGCAAGAGUACUAUGUGGACUACAAGCCUUCACACUCAGAGACUAUGGAUGUGCUGGUUAAUGGGACAGGACCUUACACAUACACCAUCUCAGGCUCCAGGGAAUGCGAGAUUCCACAGCAGCUGAGUGCCCUGGCGUUGUACAGGUGUGAGCAGUCGGUUCUGGAUUACAACCUGUCGCUGCAGCUCAACGUGGGCAUGGAGCCUCACACUCGGGCACUGGGGGGCCCCACACCAGCCGGGUGCCGCCCAGGCCUGAUAGCUGCCCUCCCCUCCGAGCCUGUGCUGCCUUGCCCCCAGACCAACUCCCUCCGCCAGUGAACUGUGCACACUGGGUCCAAAAAUACUGUACGUCUGCUGAACACAAUCAGUGGACCUGUUGAAAAUGAAACACACGGCCGUGUGGGAAGGGAACUGGGACUGGAACAGAAGCAAAGGAGACAAUUAAUCCUGGAAAACCAGGGUAAUGAAAAUGAAAACAUUUGUCAGUGGAAAUAAAAGGGGGGUACAUCGGUACUGAUUAGUGAGCCUCUGACCUACCUGACCCUCAAUGUCCUCAAUUAAGACGGAGGCUGAACAGAAGCAUGACUCCCCCCCCACCCCCCUCCAUCCCCCGCCCCCCUUCUGCUCUGCCUCUCGAGGACUAUUAAGGCCAAUAAUUAAAUGAUUUGUUAAUCCUAUUAAACGUAUUCCCUCAACUUGACCUAAUCCGUGCACCGCUCAGUCGCGUCAGGUGAAGUAAUCAAAUGCAAAAUGCUAUAAACGGAGCGGGGGAAGCGGCAUGAUCGGCAAACGAGUGGCAGAACAAAUGAAGGAUUUGCUGUUUUUUUGUGUGAUCAUGUUGUCAGGAGGAAGUCUCCCCCCCCCUCUCCUCUCCUCUCCUCCUAACUCGACUUCCUAUAGCGUUUUUCAUCUGGAGAAACGAGCCACUAAAGUGAAAUUACCCAAGACGAGAGACAUUAGUCAGAAAAAAAAGUGGACACUAAUUGUCAAAUACAAUGUACAGGCUAUACAUCUCGCUGGCAGUAAGUAUGAAAACAUGGUGACUUUUGAUUUCGUUAAUGAUUUGUGAUUGUGGAUCACAUUUUUAUUAAUUCUAUCAAGCUGAGCAGUGAACAGUGUGUGCAGAUCUCGGUGCACUGGGACGUACGGAUAUUUAAUUUAAAUGACUCUUGUAGCUAAGGAUUUUUCUUUUCUUUUCUUGUUUUUUUUUAAAGUGUGUUAUUCAAGCUGCCUAUCUGACUGUGCACUCCUAUACCUACACGUGUGUGCUUUUUACAAGAUGUUACAUUAUAAUAUAUGGAAAAUAAACUGUGGUAAAUGAGCAGUAAACGCCGUCAUUCAUCACAAUCAGUGGUUUUCAGCCCAAACAACUGUCUGCUACUGUAUUUAGACGGCUGUGGAGGUGCUUGAAGAGACUGAAGAGCACAGCACUCAAGGCAAGACUGUAUAAUAUAGAUGUGUCUGGUUUUUGCCUUAUAGUGAUCAAGACAGUAACUUGAAUUUGCAUUAUUUCUUUUUUUUUCCUCCUCCUCCUGUGACUGUGUGUGACCGUUAUCUGACGUAAAACAUAUUCAGCUCAUGGGCUUUUAUACUCGGGAAAGCUACUUGUGUACAAAAAAAAAAAAAGAAGAAGCUAAUUAAGGUCCUGAAUAUGAAUAGACGGCAACUCGGUGUUCUUCACACACACAAUACAGUGUGCCACGAGAAGCGAAAAAAGUGGGAUAAAUUUGGAUCAUUUGACAGCUGGGAUUUUGGCCGCGAGCUAAACAAGCACCCUGAGCAGCAAUCGUCCAAUCAGAGCAGGCUAUACGUGAUAUUAAAAAGAGUUAAACGGUUUCUAGGUUGUUGUUUUUUGCCCCUCCCCCUCGCCCGUAUUUUCAAAACUGCGAACGCAAUAAAAAUGUUCGGAAUUAAUUCAGCCUGUGUUUUUAUUUGCUCUAAUGUAAAAUACGACGUUAACAAUGCCCAGCUUUAGCUGCAGCCAAGUCUUACCUCCAAGGCCAAGGAGUAUUUUAUUGGUGAGUUAUGUUCUGUAAGCUUAUUAGUCUCCUCUUCACUUCCAGUACAUUCACUGUAAGGUACUUCCCCCACUGCAUGGAAGUCUGUUCUGCAUACUAAUAUAUCAGCUCUGGCCUGACCCUGUUCUGCUGUUGGAUUUAGAGACAGGUCCUACACUCCAGCAACUCCCACCAAACCUUUGACCGCAGAGAGGAUACAGUACUUGACUUACAUUGCAUUCAGCAGCAAAUACAAAAAAAUUACACAUACUCAUACAAAACGUCUUCAUUUCCAGGUGAUAAUAAAUCAGAGAAAAAAGAAUUAUGACUAUUGUAUUAAUUUAAUGUUAUUCUCCUAGACCCCCAGAACCUAUACACACUGGACCUUUAUUGUGCUCGAACGACGCAGUGUCAAUUAGGAUAGCUGUAUAGCCUUUGAAAUCCUAUUUAUUUUAAUUAAAAAAACAUAAUAAUAAUUGGUUUUGUUGCUACAUUAAAUACGCUUUCCAACACGUUGCUGAGUGUCUUUUACUUAUUUUGCGUUUACAUUUAUUUGUUGAACAG